CAUCGAUUUCCCCUUCUCCUCUUCACCCCUUUCUUUCCUCACCAUCACCAUCAUCACCACUAUCCUCAUCAUCGACGACUGAUCUCAUCGUCAACCUCCUCCCUCCUCUUCCUCCUAACCCCCGAUAACAAGCUCAUCAGAGCAACCACUUGGCCUUCGCCUGACACCACCACCUCACCCGCCUCUAUACGGUCUUUCCUGCAUCUCCUGAUCGAUCCCCUAUCGCCAUCUGCACCACCAUCAUCACCAUGCACUCACCCAUUAAGUCUCUCCUGACGCUGAGCUUGGCUCUCACUCUCGGCGCCUUCUUCGUCCUCGUCGAGGCUGCCAACGAGCAUGGGCAGCAACACCACCACCACGAGCGUGCAGCCUCCCGCCGUGCCCAAAAGGCCGUUGGCGCCGCCGUGGCAGCUCGCUCUACCCAUGCUCCAUUCCAAAAGCGUCUCGGCGGAGGCGGUCGUGCUACCUUCUACGACCCUAGCACCGGCGCUGGUCACUGCGGCAGAACAUUCCAAAAAUCAGACCCCAUCGUCGCCGUGAACAGCGCUCAGUUCAGCACAUCUGACUGCUUCAAGUGGAUCACCGUCACCGCCAACGGCAAGUCCGUCCAGGCCCAGAUCACCGACUCGUGCCCCGGUUGCCCCUACGGUGCUCUUGACUUCUCGCCCGCCGUCUUCAACCAAUUCGCAUCUCCCGACGCUGGCGUCUUCCAAAUGUCGUGGUCGCUCGGUGGCUCUUCGAAUGACAACCAGCAGAAGUCAAGCUCUCAGAAGCCCAAGCCCAAGCCUACUACGUCCAGCACGUCGACCUACACCCCGCCGCGCACUACGUCGUACAAGGCUACAUCGACUUCGACCUCUUCCUCGUCGACGCCCACGACGACGUCUUCCUCCUCAUCGUCGUCCUCAUCGUCGUCGUCAUCGUCAACCACUAGCUCGAGCACCGCAGCAUCGGCUUCGUCAACACAGGGGGCCUCUGCGACGCCCGAAGUGGCUAACAACCUCGCCGGACUGGCGCAAGCCGUCAACGGCUUCUACGCCAUGGCUGGUCAAGCAGACAACAGCCAGUAAAGCUGUGGUCGACACACUCUCCUUCUCUCAAGCUGCGCCUUGAAGGAUCAGCCCUCCUCGCAUACACGCGUAGAUCGCCUCUCGCCCUUCGUCGUCGAUCGUUCGAACUCACCCGCUACCAACCACGAAACUCAGCCACGGAUCUGUCCACUCGUCAACGGACGCGUCAUUCUUUGCCACCGUCAACGCCACGGCCAUGCCGCCAUGUACUCUAGAGACUCGUCAUUCCAGCCUCCCUUCCCUCACCUAGCCCGCUGUCAUCACCUUCUUUUGUCUUCCCCUUCUCGUAAUGUUGUCUCUCUCUCGUCAACCUCGCACCCACCGUCGCGUGUGUUAUCGCCGCCCACGGUCAACGGGGCUCCCGUCAUUGAGCCGCUCUUUCGCUUUCGUCUUCUUCGAUCCAUCGAUCUGCUGCUUUUGCCUGUUGCAAUCAUCCAUGACAUCUUUGCU